AUGCCAACCGCAUCUUCCUCCUCGUUUCAACUUGAGCCAGAUCUGGCGCCAGUGCCUUCUUGUCGACCAUGGAAGCACCUCGAGAAUCCAGCUGCCGAGGAGUGGAUACGUGGGCCGAAGGAGAUCCAUAACUAUCCCAACCGCGGAGACUUCGUUAUCUUGUCGAUCAACCCCGUCGCCACCGUUGCCCAUCUCAACGCUGCUGCAAGGAAAGCCGCUAGACGGAUACCGAGACGCAAAUAUGUGGCGUUGGCCGUUCAGACCCACGGAUUGCCUAUUCCUAAUAAGCCGACCCAUCCCUACGACUUCCUAUUCGUUCGCAAAGGCCGUCCCCAGCCUAGACUUCCAAACGUUGACACCGUGGACUCAUGCUUUGCCAUCCUGCCUAACGACGCUUCCAUCCCUAAUCGACCUACCGUCUGCCCCGCUCAACCGCUUCCCUGGGAUGACUGCUAUCUCGACACCACAUACGGAUUUCCAUAUCCUUGCCGCGUCACGUCCAUCAGUCGAGACUACACCUCUGUUCUACCAAUGCUCGAUCGCGAGAUCAUACGCAUACGGAAUAUCCUACAGAAGCACCGGUUUGGCUUGACCAAUAUACGUAUGGAGCAGGGUGACAAGUGGCCACAACCCUUCGACUUCGUUGAAUUGCCCCCCCUCCCCGUUGCAACGACCGAAGUGGACGAAGGGGCAGAAUCAAACGCCUCAGGGCAACCGGCACGGAAUGAAUCCGACCCGGUACCUUCAAACCAUCCCGACGAUAUCUCUAUCAUUGGAAGCGACGAUGGCAGCCAGAGCGAACAUCAUGACGCGGAUGCACCCGAGGCUGGCGACGAAGAGGGGCUCGAGAUGUUUCUCGCAUUCGAAUCCAUGAUGAGCGACGUUGGCGACCUUCGUGAUCCCGUAGUUGAUGUCUGGUAUGAUCUCGAUAUGGUCACAGAGAUAGUGGAUCCCGUUCACUUCUUAGAAGACGUCAAGCGUCUGACCAUGAUCAUGGACGAGGCAGAGAUGCGUCUGGGACGGCACCCGGACCCAAUGGUGCCAGACUACGUGUCGGACUCGGACCCUGAGCAGUCGAGUCUGCGUGAAGGUCAUGACGGUCGCCGCUCGAUAGAGCACUCAUUGGAUGGUGAGACAGAUUCCGCAAGUACUGGGCCACAACCAGAGACCCGGACAGAAUCAUCGCGUGCUCGGUUAGGUUCCACGACCUCAAAACUCUUCCUACGCGCACGUAUUCUCUUGCUCAAGAUCGGUCUUGUACGCUCUGGCAAGUCGGCUAAUUCUCGGUCUCAAGGUUUCAAGUCAGGAGUAUGA